UAACCUUUUCCAUGCUAUCAGCUACGUACAUAAUCCUUUUCAGACCCUUUUUUAAUACGCAUGUACGUAUCUUAAGAAAAAUGCAGGUUUGCCAGCACUUUUAAAACUCCGUUUAAAAAUAUUUUUAAAAAUCCGGUUCAGUGUAAUGUUGAAGUCAGUUCGCCAAAACUGUUGACCAGAACAAGUCGUACAAUUUUAAUUGCAAAAUUUUUAGUAUUUACGUAUUUAAACUACACAAAUCAUGUGCCGCCGAACUAACCGGAAGCGACAGAUUGCCGCCAGAAAAGCAUCCCUAAUCAGAGCCGAGAUGGAGGAAGAAAUGGAUCAGAUUGAUCUGCUCUUUUUGCAGAAUCUUUUGCAAGAAUUGCUAGCUCUGCAAAUGGACUAUCAAGUGCGGUUAUUAACCACUGCGAAGCGAGCGCAAGAGUGGUACAAUAAUUUGCUGACUACUACAACUGAUCCCGGCGAAAGGACCAUCGCAGAACGCGGAGGAGAAGAAACUCGUGUCAUGAUCCUGGAUUUAUUGCAUGAAUCCCAUGUGGCUCAAAAUUUUGAACAGAAACUUGACGAUUUGCUUUCCACCCGAAAUGUCCCAGAGGUUGUGGAGUUAUCAAAAUGGGAGUGGUUUGAAACUUUGGUGAAAAUUUACAAAAUUUCGGCCAGAUUUCAUACCUUGGUUAUCCACAUUUACGACAAAGAUGACGACCAGUGUUCCCAACUAGCCAACCAAUUAUCCACUCUCGCUGCUCGUGACGACAAUAAUAGAGUCCAAUUUCUGAAAAUACGAUCCCGCCCUGAUAACACUGCCACCGCCACGCCACGUGCCCCAGGCGUCAUGGCGUUCAGUUUUGGAAACUGUUUCGCCACUUUGAGCAAACCUUAUGCCGAAAUUCACCAGUUUUUUGACAAAAUUGGGGUUCAUCACGAAUAACUACAUACAUACAUAUUUACAUAUUUCAGUUUAAUUUACAUAU